GAAAUUAUAUAAAAAUUGAAUUUUAAAAUAUGAAAGCACACAGUAUGGGCAGGCUAGAGCUACUGGCAUGGCUUAAUGAUUUUAUUGAGACUGAUUAUACUAAGCUAGAACAAUGUGCUGAUGGAGUGGGAUAUGCACAGAUUAUUGAUGCCAUACAUCCAGGUGUGGUGCCAUUGUAUAAGAUGGAUUUUAACGCUAGGCAUAAAGAAGAUUUUGUCAGGAAUUUAAACUUGCUUGAUAGGUGACUCAAUCGUCUGAAAAUUUCGAAGACUAUACCUGUUGAUCAGAUUAGUAAAGCGAAGUUUCAGUCUAAUAUGGAGUUUGUGCAAUGGCUUUAUUCUUAUACUACAAAAACAGCGCCAAAUGCAGCAAUGUUCUAUAAUGGCUACGAGAAGAGGGUUCAGGCGUAUUGAAAACAAAAGGGAAUUAAGGACCUAAAUGACCAUUAUAUGGAGAUCAACCAACAUCUUAUUCCUAAUAAAGCUGUUUAUAGGAACGAUAUUGACAUUGAGCAAGAGGGAUACCAAGAAUAUGACGAUGUUGAUGAAGAACCUGGAGAGUAUUACCAACAUAGAGAAGAAGGUAUGGAAGAGCACUAUCCGAGAGGACCUGCUCCGGGCAAUCCACUUGAAGAGGAAGGCCACUUUGAUCCUACCAGUCCACUUGAAAGUACCUUUAAUUCCUCCUCUCAAGAUAUGGGAGAUAAAAGAAAGAAGCAGCUAAAUGACUUGGUUUUAUCUCUUGAGAAUGAGCUUACCGAGCAACUUUAUAGCCACAAGAUUUUCUUGGAAGACAUCAACAGAAUUGAAGAAGAGAAGAACUUUUAUUACGACAGGCUAAGACUAAUAGAAGAUUUUGUUUCCCAGAAGAAGGAUUCAUUAGUAAAGAGACAAAUUAUUGAUAUCCUUGCCUGGGCUCCAGAAGAUUUCAUUGAGAAAAAUUAAGUUUAACUAUUUCAAUAAA